GCCCCGUACGCGUCCCUUUGGUUCUUUUGUUGUGUGACGAAAGAGGCGGCUUUUGCACACGUCUCUCACAAAGCAGGUCUGAACCGUAUCCUGUCUUCUCUCCCUCUCUCCCUCUCUCUCUCGAUCUGUCUACGCAAACGCGCGCGCAAGCCUUUCCUGAGUUUCGCGACGACCAUCUUUAAAAAUAUAUAUACAUUCUUCUUUUUCUUUAACACAGAGUAGAGAGCUUCCGAGUUAGCACAUAAGUAUAAAAUCAGUCGUAAUAAUAAUUCACCGUUUUCUCGCUUGCCGAAUUUUUGUUGCUGUUGUUCUUUUUUUUUCUGUUCGGGCCGUUUCCAACAUCGCUUGGGUGGCUUCCGCCGUUCUGCAUUUCUCUGUGGUGCUUACACACAUACACACACGGCGGUUUUGUUUGAGCUCUCUGACCUCUCCACCCACCGACUCCUCACAUAUUUAUCAAGUUUUUAUUUUUUGUUUUUCCCCAAAGCAGACCUAAACAAAUUAGCUUUCCUGGUUGUGCUCCACGUUGAUUCAAGUCGUCCCCGGUGCAAUUUGGGAACAGCGAGGCGCUGCAGUGAAACAGAAAAAAUCACCUUCUGCCACUAUUAAGAUGCUACGCAGCACUGUGUUGCGACUGAAGCCGAAUGUGGUGGUGUUGGGCACCGGCUGGGCCGGCUGCUACGCGGCCCACCACCUCAACCCCAAGCUAUGCAACAUCCAGGUGAUCUCGUCCCGCAACCACAUGGUGUUCACCCCGCUCCUGCCUCAGACCACCACCGGCACACUGGAGUUCCGCUCCGUCUGCGAGCCCAUCACGAACAUCCAGCCGGCGCUCGCAAAGCUGCCCCACCGCUUCUUCCGCAGCGUCAUCUACGACGUCGACUUCGACAAGAAAGUCGUGCAGUGCGUUGGCGUCGGCGUCGUGGGAGCGUCGGAGAACGUCCCGGUCAACACCUUCGAGGUGCAGUACGACUACCUUAUCAUGGCGCACGGUGCGCGGCCGAACACCUUCAACGUCCCCGGCGUUGAGGACAAGGCCUUUUUUCUUCGUGAGGUGAACGAGGCACGGGGCAUUCGCAAGCGGCUGGUGCAAAACAUCAUGGCCGCCGAUCUCCCCACCACGUCCGAGGCGGAAGCGCGGCGUCUGCUGCACACCGUCGUGGUGGGUGGUGGCCCAACAGGGAUUGAGUUUGCCGCCAACCUCGCCGACUUCUUCCGCGAGGACAUCAAGAAGGUGAAUCAGUCGCUGCUGCCGUACUGCAAGGUGUCGGUGUUGGAGGCGGGCGAGGUGCUCGGCUCCUUCGAUAAGGCGCUGCGCCAGUACGGACUGCGCCGGCUGAAGCAGCUCGGCGUCGAGAUGAAGAAAUCCGCCGUGGUCGGUGUGACGGACCACGAGGUGUUCACCAAAUCCGGCGAGGUCAUGCCCACGGGGCUGGUGGUGUGGAGCACCGGCGUGGGUCCGGGCGCGAUCACGAAGGGCCUGAAGUGCGACAAGACGAACCGCGGCCGCAUCUCCGUCGACGACCACCUCCGCGUGCUGCGCGAUGGCAAGCCCAUUCCAAACGUCUUUGCGGCCGGCGACUGUGCAACGAACAGCGCAAAGCCGCUGCCCACCCUCGCCGCGGUGGCCUCGCGCCAGGGCCGCUACAUCGGUAAGGAGGUGAACAACGUGUUGCGGGGCAAGACCAUGACGCAGCCGUUUAAGUACCGCAAUCUGGGCAGUAUGGCCUCUAUCGGCAACUCCUCCGCCAUUGUGUCGCUGGGCGACAAGUUCAAGUUUGACGUGAACGGCUACCUGGCGCUGUGGGUGUGGAAGAGCGCGUACCUCACCAUCCUCGGCUCCAUCCGCAGCAAGCUCUACGUGAUUGUGAACUGGGUCGGCAGCCGAGUGUUCGGCCGCGACAUCACCUACAUUGGUGACCUGAGCGAGGACCGCAUGUACGCCAUGCUCGCCACCGAGGAGGUGUCGAAGGAGCGCAGCCGGAGGAAGGCGCAGGAAAUGCUGCAUGCGAUGAAAACCGAGAGCACCUUCACCGCCGCCAUGGCGGAGGAGGGAGCGGCGAAGGGAUUUUUGCCGCGCAAGAACGAUGAGGACGAGGCUGCGCCAUCGGCUGCGACGGCGCCACCGAGCAAACCGGAGGCGGAAACUGAGCCGCGAUCUUCGCCGGCUGAAGCGGGGCCGUCGGAGAAGAAGGCGUAG